CAAGGAGAGAAGGAGAAGCUGGACCAUCUGGUAGCCAGGGUAGACCUGGAAGGAGUGGACCUCAGGGUAAUAUGGGACCCCGUGGAAGCCGUGGUGAGGUUGGCAACCAAGGAGCAAUUGGACCUAUGGGAUCACCUGGAAUGAAUGGACCUCCAGGAGUUGUUGGUGAACCAGGACCUUCUGGACCUGUUGGAAAUAAUGGCCGCCCUGGUGAUGACGGACGUAUGGGAACCCGUGGACCACAAGGAAACCAAGGACCACGUGGACCUCCAGGACCAGCUGGAUUGGCUGGACCACAGGGUAGCACUGGAGAUGAUGGACGUGAUGGACCAAUGGGACCUAUGGGACCUAUGGGACCUCAAGGACAGAUUGGAGGCUUGGGAGCAUUGGGAACCCAUGGAUUGAUGGGACCACCUGGACCUGCUGGAGCACCUGGAAGACGGGGUACUGAUGGAGAUGAGGGAUCCACCGGACCUGAUGGUGAGCGUGGAGAACGUGGACGCAUGGGACCAGCUGGACCUGCUGGACCUCGUGGAAUGCCAGGAAGUGAUGGCCGUGAUGGUAAUGAUGGUAAAGUUGGACCAGUUGGACCUGUUGGUGCACGAGGAGACACUGGACCCAAGGGUAACAAUGGAAUGAAUGGACUAAUGGGACCACGUGGAGCUGUUGGACCUAUGGGAGCACAGGGAGAGCGUGGAAACCGUGGUAAGCAAGGAGCACAAGGUCCAGUUGGCAACGUUGGAGAGUCUGGAGGUACUGGACCAAUGGGACCCAUGGGACCUGCUGGACCCCGUGGUGAAGUUGGUAGCCAAGGACCUAAUGGACAUAAGGGACAAACUGGAAUGCCUGGUAGGAUGGGAAUGCCUGGAGUUGCUGGUGAGCCAGGACCUAAUGGAGAAGGUGGACCACAGGGUAUCCGAGGUAUCCCCGGAGUUGUUGGAGAGAGUGGAAAGACAGGAAGAUCAGGACCACGUGGACCCCCAGGACUUCGUGGAGGUGGAGGAUCACGUGGAGAGCGUGGAGGUGUUGGACCCGCUGGACCUCCAGGACCCCCUGGACCACCUGGACCACCUGGUGAAGUCUCAAUGGCUGCUGCCAUGCCACGAAUGCCAGUUCAACAAUCCAAGGGACCCAGCCAGUAUUCACACUAUUACCGUGAUGAGGUUCCCAAGACCGUUGAUGAGAUCGACAGAACCAAAUUCCAGGAAUACAUUGCCAAGUUUGAGAGUGAAGUUCGCUCCCUCUUUGAACCUCUUGGAAGCCGCGACCAACCCCUCCGUAGCUGUAAGGAUCUCUUCAAGUGCUUCCCAGAAGCUGAAGAAGGCAACUACUGGAUCGAUUCCAAUGAGGGCUCUGUCAAGGAUGCUUUCCUAGCUCAUUGUGUGAAGCGUGGAGAGAGUGGUGGCCCAGAGACUUGCAUUACACCUGUAGUUGAUUCGAUCGCACCUGCACAAUGGUACGAAGGCCCAGCCGGACCAAGAUAUAUCAGUGAAAUGGGUCUAGAUAAGUUCUCAUACCAGGCUAGUGAAGUUCAACUUACCUUCCUGCGUCUGUUGUCCACAAGAGCACACCAGAAUGUUACCUACCACUGUAAGAACUCUGUAGCUGUCACUGACAGGACCACUGGAUCCACAGAGCAGGCUCUGAAACUCAUGACCACAUCAGAUGUAGUGUUAUCACCUAAUGCACCAAGUUUUGAACAAUAUGAAGUUAUUGGAAAUGAUGAAUGUCAAGACCGAACAGGAGAAUGGGGCCAGACUGUUAUAAACUAUUCCACCAGGAGAAACACCCGUCUUCCAAUUGUUGACGUUGCUCCUUCAGAUAUUGGAGGAGAAGGCCAAGAGUUUGGUAUUACUUUGGGACCUGUGUGUUUCUCAUAGAUUCUGACCCUUUUCUAAACUAUUUUGAAUUGUCUUUGAAAUAACAGCAGCAAAAAGCAGAAAAAAGAAUGUGAAUUUUGGAGACUAUUUAUCAUAACAUCUGGCAGCCUCUCAUAAAACUGGAGCAUCCCUUUUCUCGUCUGGUGUGUGUUUUUUUUUAAAUCUAUGCAGACUGAAAUUCUUGCCAUGGUGUUCACAAAGCAAUAAUGAAUUAUUUGUAGGGAAGUCUCUUAUUUUAUGGCUUGAACAAAAAUCCAAAAUUUACCAGAAAAGGACAAAAAUGAAGUCUCCAGUGACACGAUUUACCUUGAAGGCUGACCAGAAAGUUGAUACUAGAUGGAAUACAUGAUCUUGUACUUUACCAAUCUAUUCAAUGAUAUGAAAAAUGUGCCUUACUAUAUAUCUGAUUGACAGGUUAAAGUAUGAUCAAAAGAUAAUCUAUUUUUAUAUCCAUACAUAUACAUUUUCAAUUUAAUUGUCAAAACUGUGGUUGAAAUGAAUCUUAUUGAUGUCCUUGUGUCUUUGAUAGUGGUGUGGAAUAUAUAUAUGAUUGUAUACCAUUCUCACCUCUUUAUUCUCUUUUUAUUGAUUUGCUUUGAAAUGGUGCUAGCUCUCUAGUUUGUCAGAUAUAAGUGGACUCCCUUGCGCUGACUCUAGAAGCCUUUCUAAGUAGAAAUAGAUCUAAAUGUUUCCUUUGUUACCCAGUAAGUCUUUGAUCUUUCUGGAGGUUUUUCUUGUAUUGUGUCUUUCGUCUGUGUUUACCAAUAGUUUUUAACCUUGUGCAUUUUAUUGUAUUUUUGUCAUCAAUUUGAUUAGAAUGCUCUUCCAUAAUAGCUAAAGAGAAAAAAGACAGUGAAAGAAAUAGAAAUAGAAUUAUCAAGCAUAAGUCUUUUCGCAUUUCUACUUUCCAUAACAAACAUGUCUUCAGAUAUUCUUUACUAAAUUGGUGUCUAUUGGCAGUGUUUUCAUGAAUUCAGUAACUAUGCAAAUCAAGAGAUGUUCUAUUUUUUCAUGGUCAAGACAAUAUUUUUAUAAUGCUACAUUAUAUACUGUUGAAUAGAUUGGUUGAUGCAAUGUGUUGUGUGAGAUUAUUAUUGAUUAAUAAAAGAGCUUCCCUACGAAA